CAGCAUUGUUACUCAUGCAUCUUUCACUAUGGAAACCCAUAUCCCACUGCGCAGCCCUUAUCAUGUACAAGAAAAACAGGAAAGGAGAUGGUUCUGGUUUGACCGAGGACGGUGUGGCAAAACCCUCAAUUCUCCGGCAAUUGCAAGAAAACAAGCUCAGGGAGGCUCUCGAACAAGCAUCUGAAGAUGGGUCGCUGGCAAAAUCGCAAGACAUCGAUUCCGAGACACCGAAUCAAGAUGGAAACCUUGGGAGGUCAAGAUCUCUUGCUCGGCUCAACGCCCAGAAGGAGUUCUUGCGAGCCACUGCACUCGCGGCGGAGCGAACAUUUUGCUCCGAAGAAUCCAUUCCUGACCUCUAUGAGGCAUUCUCCAAGUUCCUCACAAUGUACCCAAAGUUCCAAUCAACUGAGAGAGUUGAUCAGUUGAGAUCAGAUGAAUAUGACCAUCUCUCUGAUUCCUCUGCCAAG